GGCUGUGCUUGUUUCCUCUUGAUGGACCAAAAUCAGGAUUUAACCUUCUGUGUAAUUUCUCUGGAGUCCAUGACCUUUGUCUUUACAGGUCAGGAGGUCUGACUUAUGGUAGACUAUUUCUGGAAGAAUACUUUCGUCAUUUUGAUUUUUAAAGAGCGCUUCUUAGAGUUAAAGAGGGAUCAUUUUUUGACGCAUUUUCAGGUAGGAGGAGCACUUACUGUGGAAAUGGCAGCCUCUGGCAACCUGUACCCCAAUGUCUUCAUGGUGGACACUCACACAGAUUAUCCUCCGCCACUGCCACCCAAGCCGGUCCCUUUCCGCAAGAGAAGGAGUGUGGCUCAGCCAGUGCUGUUUGCCCUGGUCAUUCUGGCCCUGUGUGGCAUGGCGGUGGAAGCCUGUUUCAUUUACAGUCUGUACACCAGCAAGUCCUCUCCGGGUGACUCAGAAACACAGGAGAUGUCAAAGCAAGUUGCAGAUAAACCAACACCAAUAGAUAACCCUGUGGUUCCACCUUCCAAACCUCUCGCCCAUAUGAACAGUAAUCAGAAACCUACUGCUGAUGGACUCAUGCUUUGGCAUGACUACGGUGAAUCUAUCAUACAUGGAAUGAAAUACAAAGAUGGGGGCCUAAUUAUCCAGGAAGAGGGAUAUUACUUUGUUUACUCCAAGGUCUACUUUACAGAGAAGCACAACAUUUCACUUUUGCAUUCCAUUGUUAGGACCACAGACCGUUACCCUGAAGAGCUGGUGCUUCUGCAGUCAAGGGAAUACAUACCCAAGUCAAUCAAAAACUUUAAAACAAAUAGUUAUCUGGGAGGUAUGUUCCACUUCUUUAAAGGUGAUACUAUAUUUGUAAGGGUAAAUAAUACCGAAAUCAUACUGUCCACAUCAGCAGAUAACUAUUUUGGAGCCUAUAUGGUGUAGUAAACUGGCAUAAACAAGAUGGAUGAUUGGCAUCGGUUUACUUUGUAUGCACAAUGUAUGUUUGCACUCCAAUUGUUUUAUUUUACAUAAACACCAUAGCACAUCUUAUCAUCUUGUUAUUCCAACCGUCUAUAAAAAUGCCUCAUACAUUUUAAUGCAGAACAUACUUUGUAUUUAUUUGUAGACUUUUCGGUAACAUUUUACUUGACAGUGCCGACAUAAGAGUGACAUGACACUGUCAUG